CCAAAAUUCCUACUCGACUUAAACGCACCAUCCGGCAAUGGGAAGUGGACUGACGUUUUUGUUUUUUUUUUCUUUUCAAGCUGUGAUGUAGCCUACAAAGCUAGCUCCUGCGAGGCACACCGAAGCUACCCGACUAAUGUCCCGCUGGAGAUGUUUUUUUGUAGAAAAGUUUUAAUUAUUACUGUUAACUAGAAAAGGAGAAUUACGGACGGAACUCCAGCUUGAACAACAAGCUGAGUAUUAUGCUGGACGUGGGGAAGUGGCCUGUGUUUGCACUCCUUCCUCCAGAGGAGCUACGGCUUAUCCGGCAAGCUUGUGUCUUUGGCAGUGCUGCUAACGAAGCUCUUUAUGUCACCGUUAACGAUGAGGUCUUUGCUUUAGGCACCAACUGCAGUGGCUGUUUGGGUCUGGGAGACCUUCAAAGCACCAUCGAGCCACGCAGGAUUGAUGUUUUGUGUGGGAAGAAGAUUGUGUCCCUAAGCUAUGGGACUGGACCACAUGUGGUUAUCGCAACAGCAGAUGGUGAGGUGUUUGCCUGGGGCCAUAAUGGAUACAGCCAACUGGGCAACGGGACCACGAACCACGGGCUGACCCCUUCGUUGGUGUCCACCAACCUCCUUGGCAAAAGGGUGACAGAGGUAGCCUGCGGUUCCCAUCACACCAUCGCCCUGACCACUGAUGGAGAGGUGUUCGCGUGGGGCUACAACAACUCGGGCCAAGUGGGUUCUGGGUCCACUGCCAAUCAGCCAACACCGCGCCGGGUCAGCAGCUGCCUGCAGAGCAAAGUGGUGGUCAACGUGGCCUGUGGCCAACUCUGCUCAAUGGCUGUUCUGGACAACGGAGAGAUCUAUGGUUGGGGCUACAACUGCAACGGCCAACUAGGUUUGGGGAACAAUGGAAACCAGCAGACCCCGUGUAGAAUCGCUGCCCUCCAGGGGGUCAAUGUAGUUCAGGUAGCGUGUGGAUAUGCACACACACUGGCGCUUACAGACGAAGGGUUCGUCUACGCCUGGGGGGCCAACUCGUACGGACAGUUGGGGACGGGCAAUAAAAGCAACCAAGCUCUCCCGACGCUAAUAAACACGGACAAGGAGAGGAUGGUGGAGGUGGCUGCGUGUCACACCAGCCACACGUCAGCUGCUAAGACGCAGAGCGGACAGGUCCUGAUGUGGGGUCAGUGUCGCGGUCAGGCGGUGUCCAGCCCACACCUCACCCACUUCAGCAGCACGGAUGACGUGUUCGCCUGCUUCGCCACUCCAGCGGUGACGUGGCACCUCCUGUCAGUCGACGGUGACGAUUAUCUGACAGUGGCUCAGUCUUUGAAGAAGGAGUUUGACAGUCCGGAGAUCUCCGACCUGAAGUUUUUAGUGGAUGGAAAAUGCAUCCAUGUUCACAAAGCGCUGCUGAAGAUCAGGUGCGAGCAUUUCCGCGCGCUGUUGAACGAGACGGACGAAGACGCCAUUGAAAUUCACCAAUUCUCAUACCUGGUGUACCGAGCCUUUCUGGAAUAUCUCUACACAGACAGCAUUAACCUGCCACCAGAGGAUGCUAUCGGACUGCUGGAUCUGGCCACGUUCUACCGAGAGACCAGGCUGAAGAGGCUCUGUCAGGAGACCAUCAAGAGGGGAAUUUCUGAGGAGAACGCCAUCACUCUCCUCUCCGCCGCCGUCAAGUAUGAGGCCCGGCCCUCUUCAUUUUUAGGACCUGGAGGAGUUCUGCUUCAAGUUUUGUGUCAACCACCUAACCGCUGUCACGCAGACCCAGGCCUUUGCAGACAUGGACCAUGACCUGCUCAAGACCUUCAUUAGUAAAGCCAGUCGCUAUGGGGCCUUCAAAAACUGACUAACGGGCUGGACUGGAGAUGUUUGCUCCUGUGGCGAAAGACGGCCAACUAAAGCCGGACAGAUCCCAUCUGUGGAGACACUAAAGAGGCAGGCGCUUCCUCCUACUGACUGUUUCGGCGUUCCGAAAGGAGUGGACGCCACGCUCGGCUUUGUUUCGGUCACACUCGGAAGACGCACAAACGGGUGUGGGGAUGCCGGUCGGUGCUUUAUCCAAAACUGUGGCGACAAAUGAGUUUUUCGUGUGAUAAAAUCACACUAGAAGGAGAAAAAAAAAAAACUAAAAUAUCGUCUGUUACUCAUAAAAACUCAAUCAACCCCUCACAUUGUGCUUCUUUUAUACCCUAAUGUUUGCUGAUGCCGCCUUAUCAAAGGUAUCUUUGCGCGUGUACUGAUUUGCACAUGGGCUUCUUUUUUUUUUACAUUAACCUGAAGAAACUAAACCUAUUUUGAGUAAAUGAUGAAGCAGUUUACAGUCCUUUUGGCACAUGCAGCACACAUCUCCUCACUACAGUACAGCUGAAUAAACAUCUGCCACCUUUGUUUUGCACACUUUGUCAUUUAUAACAGAUUCUUGUGCCGUCUUAUCUUUGUAUUAGGCUUUCCUAACUCAUCUGUAAUCAUUUGGUCGUUCAAACACUUGUUUAAAAGUCAUCUUGACUAAUGCUUGUUAGGAAAGAACACAACAUAGAAACAUAAAUUGACAAACUUUGAGACCUGACUUGCACAGACAUGCUGAAUACUGCGGGGUUUUUUGUUUUGCAAUAAAGUUACUUCCUUGUAUUUGGUAUGUUUACACCUUUUUGUUUCUAACUCGAACGCUGCUUCUUGGUCAUAUUUGUAAAAAUGUGUUUAUUCAUUUCUCCUGAUGCCACCCCUCUGGUAAUGAAGUAGUGUUUGCAUAACUUCAUUUUCAAUAAACUGCAUUCACUUUGUUGCAUAACUA